AUGUACGGUCCAGUUUUUGGAUCAAGUGAUUUAGAGAUGAAAGAACAGUUUAACAAGGGUAUCAAUUGUUGGUCACAAGAAUAUACGUACGAGAGAAAGGUUUCGAAUGAUCAAAAUUUUUGCGUAGAUGAAUAUGAGAGACAAACAGCAUCCGUAUCGGAACGUAUCUCUAACGAUGUAUUCCUGGGAAUUCUAGCACUUUAA